GAUUGGGUAAAUUUACCAUUUUGAAAGCUGAAUUUUCACAAUAAACCCUCAGAUUAAAUAAUGAACCUGAAACACUUUUUUAUAUUUGUUAUCGUAAUAGAUUAUUUGCCGAACACGCGCGUAAAGAAAGUACACUUCAGUAUAUCCAGCAAAGCAGCAGCAGAGAGUGACACGUAAACAAGUUGUUAUUGCGGCUUUCUGUUCCCGAAUCUAACUCUCACAUGACAUAAACCCUAACAUACUCUCCCUCUCUCUCUCCCCUUCGCUCUCGAACACAGUAUAAUCAUGGAGGUUGCUCGAAACCCCAUAGAACAGGAAUUCACAAUAGCUUCACUUUCUCACCUCCCAUCAUCAUCAUCAUCAUCAUCUCCUGCUUUAUCUCCUAUAAUUCAGUUCUUCUCCGACUCCGGAGUAUCGGAGCUCCGAUUCGAACAAGGCUCCGAACCUCUCAACUUCAAUCUCUGUGUAUCUCAGGUUUUUAAGUUAGGGCCUACGGAAUCGAUAUGCGUGUGUCAAGGUUCGGAAACUGACAAGGAGAAAAUCUAUUCUAGGGGCCUCAUUAACAUUCAGUUCAGAAAUGAGGAGGAAUCUAGAAACUUCCAUUUUGCAUUUAAGGAGUUUAAGAAGGAGUUUAUCACUCAAGGAUUGAAUUUACCUAAUGGGGCACAACUGGAUUCUAAAAGUAAGUUUGAUGAUAAAGUAGAGGCAUCUUCUGCAAAAAUGUAUUUCCAUUACUAUGGGCAGUUACUACAUCAACAAAAUAUGCUGCAGGACUACGUGAGAACAAGUUCUUAUUAUGCUGCAGUUAUUGAGAAUCGUGUUGAUUUUGCCGGUCAAGUAGUAGUUGAUGUUGGUGCUGGUAGUGGCAUUCUAUCAUUAUUUGCUGCUCAGGCUGGUGAAAAACAUGUUUAUGCUGUGGAGGCAUCUGAGAUGGCAGAUUAUGCUCGCAAGCUCAUCGCUGAAAACCCAUUACUGAGUCAAAAAAUUAAGUUGGUAGUGAAGGGUAAGGUUGAAGAUGUUGAGUGUCCAGAGAAAGCAGAUAUUUUGAUAUCUGAGCCGAUGGGUAAGCUGAGUAAUCGAAUGGUUUGUCUAACCUUGUUAAUUAACGAAAGAAUGCUCGAGUCCUACGUGAUUGCAAGAGAUCGGUUUCUUUUUUCUAACGGAAAAAUGUUUCCUACAUUAGGGAGAAUACACAUGGCACCAUUCAGUGACGAAUACGUGUACAUUGAGAUCGCAAAUAAGCCUCUAUUUUGGCAGCAACAAAAUUAUUAUGGGAUUGAUUUGACAGCUUUACAUGGAACUGCAUUUCACGGAUACUUCUCUCAGCCCGUGGUGGAUGCUUUUAAUCCUAGGCUACUGGUCGUUCCUGCGGUCUCUCAUGUGAUAAAUUUCACAACUAUAAAUGAGGAAGAUUUAUAUAAAAUUAAUGUUCCGUUAAAAUUUACUUCAACUGUGGGUACCAGGAUUCAUCGAUUGGCUUGCUGGUUUGAUGUUUUGUUUGAUGGAAGCACGGUCCAGAGGUGGCUGACCACUGCUCCUGGUGCACCCACAACCCACUGGUACCAGUUACGCUGUGUUCUUUCUCAACCAUUUUUUGUCAUGCCAGGACAAGAGGUAGUUGGUCAUCUUCACAUGAUUGCUUACAGUGCUCAGAGUUACACAAUUAACUUAACUAUGUCAGCCAAAAUGUGGGGCCCUGGUGCUGAACAAGGAGGAAUUCUGCAAACAUCAUCUUUCAAGUUUGAUCUUAAAAAGUCUUACUAUCGGAUGUCCCAAAUGCAAGCCUAUUCAAUAGCAUAAGAUCGACAAUCAAAUCAGUUAUUGCAAACACAUGUAUUAACUAGUCAUGUCGUCAUGACUAAAUUAAUGCUCCAGUCUAUCUUGAUUCUUAAAAAAUCUAUUUCUUUGUUCUCCCUCUGAUUUGGUACCUGCUAUUGAAUUAAUGUAAAGACUGAUUAUUAUUUUUUUUGGA